AUGUCCGACACCGGGAUCCAGCCCCCAGCGCGCAAGCUGGAUGAGUUCGAGGAGCUUGUCUUCGAGUAUACGAGCCGCAUGGGCCUGGGCAAUGAAGAGGUCGGUCUACCAGCAGAGCACUGGGACGUCGAUGCGCGCAACUGUAACCUCCGCUUCGAGUCCGCAACCCGUGGCCCUCCUGCCAAGGUCUCUUUCCUCCUCACCAUCACCCCGGCGCUCAGCAACUACAUGGGCAACCUGCACGGCGGAUGUGCAGCGACACUGAUAGACGUACUCUCCACUACGAUUCUGUUGGGCGUUUCAGAGCCUGGCAAAUUUGCUCUUGGUGGUGUGAGUCGCAACCUAAAGCUCACUUACCUCCGUCCCGUGCCAACCGGCAUCGAGGCCCGCAUUGUAUGUGAAAUUAUCCAUGUCGGCAAGCGGUUGGCGCUGCUGCGAGCCGAGAUUCAGAAGGCGGAAACGGGCGAUGUAUGUGUGGUGGGUGAGCAUGAGAAGGCCAAUACCGACCCGGAGGUGAACCAGCGGAUUUAG